AUGAUGAAUUGCAGGGCAUUGAGCCAGUGCUUCCCCUGGCUCGACGCCUGCUCCAAAGCGUCCCAUCUCGACCAAAUCCACGCCCAGGUCAUCGCCAAAGGGCUCUCCGGAGACAAGCGCACCUCAAGCGUGAUCCUCCAUGUUUGCCACAAGCUUCUCCGAUCGCAGUCCGCUUCUAGAUCCAAGGAAAGCGGCACCAGUUUUGGCCUUUACAAGCAACUGCUGCAAUGCGGUGCCACGCCCAGCGGCGUCACCUUCUCUCUCGUUCUGAAAGCGUGUUCGCACCUCAAAGCUCCGGGCUUGGUGAUGGGAAUCCACGCGCAGUCUCUCGCACUCGGUUUUCGAUAUGAUUCGCUUGUGCUCAACUCGUUGAUCCAUGGGUACGUUGCCUGUGAGCUUGUAGGAACCGCUCAUGAAGUGUUCGAUGAAUUGCCUGACAGAGAUUGCAUUGCUUGGACCGAACUCAUCAAUGGUUACGCUCGCAGCGGCUGUGCUGAGGCAGUAUUGGACUUGUUCUUGCGAAUGAUGGAAUCAGAUGUGAGGCCUGAUGAGUUCAGCAUCGUUGCUGUAUGCACUGCUUUUUCGCAGUUUGGCAGCGCAAGUUUAGCGAGGAUGGCAGAGGGAUUAGCUUGCAAGCUCGGGGCCAUGGAAAACUCUUACGUGGUUAAUGCGUUAAUCGACAUGCACGGCAAGUGUGGGAGCGUUAGCGAUGCUUGGGAACUGUUCGACGGAUUGCCGCACAAAGAUGUAGUAUCAUAUAACUCCAUGGUUGCUGGAUUUGCAAGGAACGGCGACAUGGAGACGGCAAAGACGCUUUUCAAUCGAAUACCGAACAAGAACGAAGUGUCCUGGAGCUCGCUAAUUAAUGGGUAUCUGCAGAACGACUGCUUCAGGGAGGUUUUGAAUGCGUAUACUGAGAUGAUCGACGACGGCCGUGUAGUGCCAAAUGCAGCUGCAAUCACCUGCACGGUUGCGGCUUGUGCUCAUCUCGGUGCUCUCGAUUUGGGGCGAAAAAUUCACAUGAACUUGGACGAGACUAAGCUUUGUGUUGAUAUUGUUCUGAGCACUGCACUGGUAGAUAUGUAUGCCAAGUGCGGUUGUAUCAGUGCUGCUUGUGCUUUGUUUGGUAGGAUUGUGCAAAAGAGUGAGGUCUCUUGGAAUGUGAUGAUCAUGGGAUUGGCCAUUCAUGGGCAAGCAGCUGAGUGCCUGGAGCUCUUCUCCGAGAUGUUGAAGGCAGGCAUGAAACCGACUAGCACGACAUUCACCGGGGUUCUAUCGGCUUGUGCACAUGUUGGAUGGUUAGAAGUAGGGAAACACUACUUCGAAAAGAUGAUCAAGUUGUAUCGAAUAAGUCCUAGUCCCGAGCAUCUGUGUUGCAUGGUGCACUUGUUGGGCAGGGCAGGGCUCAUAUACGAGGCAUUUCAGCUUGUAAGGGACUCCCCUCACGAUCCCGACGCGGCCACUUGGGGCGCCCUGUUGAGCUCUUGUAGACGACAUGGCUAUGUCGAACUUGGAGAUGUCAUUGCUCGAAAGAUACUGGAGUUGGAACCUUAUCACAGCGGAGCGUUCGUGCAGCUAUCGAGCAUGUUUGCCUCUGCUAGUAAGUGGAGGGAAGUGCAGGAGAUUCGAAAGAUCAUGAAAGAAAGAGGAGUUCAAAAUCGAUGCGGAUGGAGUUGGUUCGAGCUGGAUGGAACUGUACAUGAAUUUGUUAUAGGAGUGAAUUCACAUCCUAGAAUAAUCGACAUUUAUCGUGUGCUACAGGCAAUAGAUCAUCACAUGAACGGGUAA